AUGGACAAUAACUGGACUCCAUCAUCCUGGGUAUCAAAACCAAUAAAGCAAGAGGUUGCGUAUGAGGACAAGGAAGCGUUCCAACAUGCGCUCCAGAAACUGCAGAGAUUACCACCACUAGUCACUCCGUACGAGGUUGUCAAUCUCAAAAACAGUCUGAAGAAUGUAGCGCUCGGGAGAGCGUUUGUGCUUCAAGGGGGUGACUGUGCGGAGCUAUUCGAUUACUGCAAUCAGGAUAUGAUUGAAGCCAAAAUCAAGCUGCUUCUGCAGAUGAGCUUGAUUCUGAUCUGGGGAGCCAACAAGCCAGUUAUUCGAAUCGCACGGAUUGCCGGUCAAUUUGCGAAGCCACGAUCAAGCCCGCUUGAAACGGUGAAUGGUGUGACAAUGCCAGCUUUCCGUGGUGAUAAUGUCAAUGGCUUUGAUGCCACUCCAGAAUCUCGCAAACCCGAUCCAUCCAGACUGGUAUCAGCCUAUUUCCAUUCCGCUGCAACGCUCAAUUAUGCGCGCAGCACAUUAUCGUCCGGUUUUGCGGACCUCCAUUCCCCGCUGGACUGGGGCCUUGGACACGUCGCAACCCCUUCAAUCAAAGAGGAUUAUGAACGGAUCGUCUCCCGGGUCACCGACUCCCUCCGAUUCAUGCAAACAGUUGGCCUCGACACUGACCGCGGAAUCGAAACCGUAGACUUCUACGUCAGCCACGAGGGCCUUAUGCUCGAAUACGAGCAAUCCCUAACCAGACUCUUGAAGCAUCCCCUCAAGGCCCUUCCCACCCAAGACAACAAAGACACACCGCAACUCCUCAAAGUGCACCCCAAACCAGCACCAAGCGGAUACUACGCAACGUCAGCGCACUUUCUCUGGAUCGGCGACCGCACCCGCCAGCUCGACGGCGCACAUGUCGAAUUCUUCCGCGGCAUAUGCAAUCCCAUCGGGAUCAAAAUCGGCCCGACCAUGCAGCCCGAUGAGCUCGUCUCGCUCCUCAACGUCGUCAAUCCAGAUCGGGAAAUCGGCAAAGUCACCCUGAUCUCCCGCUACGGUGCGUCCAAAAUCGCCGAGUACUUACCGGCGCAUAUCAAAGCCGUGCAAGCCUCGGGCCACGUACCCGUCUGGCAGUGCGAUCCGAUGCACGGAAACACGCGUGCUACUCCAUCCGGAGUGAAAACCCGGCGCUUUACAGAUAUUCUUUCAGAGCUGAAACAAGCGCUGGAGAUUCAUCGCUCUCUGGGUUCCUAUCUGGGUGGUAUGCAUCUUGAAUUGACCGGCGAAGCUGUAACAGAGUGUGUUGGCGGAGCAGCGGGUUUGACCGAGGACGGGCUGAGUGAGCGGUACGAGACAUUCUGCGAUCCCAGACUGAAUGAAAAGCAAGCCUUGGAACUGGCCUUCCUAGUUGCGGGCUUCUAUCGAGAAGAGUUGGAGGAACCAGUCACAAAUGCUAUUUAG